UCUCCUACUGCUCGCUCAUACGUGACUUGAGAACGAAGCAACCCCCUGCCGCUGCCUGUGCCUGCCGCCUGCUGUGCAUCCCUCAGCCGGACCUCUUUUUCUCUGCACUCAUCCUUCCUCAUGCCCUAAACGAUCAUCAUCAUGUCACCCCAUCUCGCUGCCCACCAUUUCCACUCCACUGUCCGGAGGUUCUUUUGGAAUACAUGGAUAUGGUAGCCGUUCAGUUCCUGCUUUUGCUUUACUAGAGACACGCUGCCUGCCCUCUUUAACGCCUAGAAGCAAACUUGAUACAUGGCCGGCCUUCAGUUAAAGUAGCUAGCUUGCUAGCUAGCUAGAGCUACCUGCAGCUAGAUGACUGAUCGAUCUCAUUAAUUUCUAAAGAGGAGAUCGAUCGAUCCCUGGACUCGGGGGCCAUGAAGCUGCAGCAGGCAUGGAGAUGACGAUGAUGAGUCAAAUAAUAGGUUCCAGAAGCAGUAGCAGCUCCAUUAAUCUCAUCGACGCGAAUUCGAAGCUGGAAGAGCACCAGAUCUCCGCUGCCGCCGGCCGGCACUGCCCGAGCUGUGGCUACAAACUAGAUUUCAAGCCGGACUGGGUCGGACUGCCGGCCGGCGUGAAGUUUGAUCCCACCGACCAGGAGCUGAUCGAGCACCUGGAGGCCAAAGUGAGAGCUGAAGGAACGACGUCGCACCCCCUGAUCGACGAGUUCAUUCCGACCAUCGACGGCGAAGACGGCAUCUGCUACACCCAUCCGGAGAAGCUUCCAGGUGUGACGAAGGAUGGGCUGAGCAAGCACUUCUUCCACCGGCCGUCGAAGGCGUACACCACGGGGACGAGGAAGAGGAGGAAGAUCAUCAUCCAGGGGGAGUGCGAGAGGGGGGAGACGAGGUGGCACAAGACCGGGAAGACGAGGCCGGUGGUGGUGAACGGGAGCCACAGGGGGUGCAAGAAGAUACUGGUGCUGUACACCAACUUCGGUAAGAACCGGAAGCCGGAGAAGACCAACUGGGUGAUGCACCAGUACCACCUCGGGGAGCUGGAGGAGGAGAAGGAAGGGGAGCUGGUGGUGUGCAAGAUAUUCUACCAGACGCAGCCUCGGCAGUGCGUGCCGCAUCACCACCACAUGAUUCUCGAGGCUCAACGACAGCAGCAACAGCAGCAGCAGCAGCAUCAAGGUCCGGGCAUGGCCUUGCACAUCAAUACCCCAACAAACCCUAUCUCUGCCUUUGUGUCUUCUUCCCCGGCCAUAAUUCAGCAGAGGCCGGCCCUCAUGCUCGACGACCCAUUUCAGGUCUCCGGAAUGCUUCUGCGAACUCAGGUCAAUGAACAGCAGAAGCUGCUGCAUCCAUCCACUUCAGGUUUGGAAGAGAUGAUAAUGGGUUGCACUCCAACAGCUACCAAAGGAAUAAGUGAAACACUAGUCCCACAAGCUCAAGAGCCAGAAUGGCAGUUCCAAUACUGGUCGCCUGAGAACCGAGAUCAUCAUGGGUAAUAGCGAAGAACAAGAUAAAAUUCCAAGAAACAAAGAUCAUAGAAACACCAUCAUUACCAUCAUCGUCAGCAAAAUAAACACGAUUCUGCCCAAGUUAUUCCAUGUCAAAUUAAAGAAGAAGGGAAACUAAUUAUAAUCAGUACUGUCUGCACAGCGAACCGAAUUGGGGGGAAACAAAGUGUAGUCCUAAUUGGAAAAGAAAGGCAAAGAGAAGAUAUAAAGCAAAAAAAGAGGCAGAAGGAAGGGCAAGGAAAAGGAAGGUGCUGCUGUUUGCUGACAUCAAAACCAACGCUAACUCAUCAUUGCAACAUCACCAUCAUCUCCAGUGGCAGCUUAAAUUUUUUGUGCUUAGUUAGUUCUUCUUAUAUAUAUUGGCAUUACAUAAUAAACAUGACCACAUGCAUGUUCUUACAACUUUUACUCCUUUUUAUUUUUGGAAUUAAUCGUCGUCUCUGGUAUUUUGAAAUGA